AUGUUUGUAAGAUCCUCCGCCAGAUCAGUCAGCUGCGUUGCCCCAAUUAGUAAAAGAUUCUUGUCCAGUGGGCUAACUCCAGUAGCAACUAAAAAUGCUCCACCAGCAGCUGCAUCUUACUCUCAAGCUUUGAAAGUCAACACUCAAUUCAACGAAUUAUUGUAUGUUUCUGGCCAAAUUCCAUUCACACCAGACAACAAGCCAGUGGAAGGUAGUAUUUCUGAUAAAGCUGAACAAGUCUUUCAAAAUGUCGAGAAUAUUUUGAAGAGCGGCAAUUCUUCCUUAAACGAAGUCGUUAAAGUCAACGUUUUUUUGAAGGACAUCGACAAUUUUGCUGAAUUCAACAAAGUUUAUGCUAAAUACUUUACCGUCCACAAACCUGCAAGAUCGUGUGUCGCUGUUGCUGCUUUGCCAUUGAAUGUUGAUUUGGAAAUGGAAGUUAUUGCUGCUGUCAAGAAAGAAAACUAA